GGUUUUAGCUGGAGGGAAAAUGUGGCAUGGGUCAGUGCUUGCUCGAAUGUUGAACAUCUCGAACGGGAUGAAAUUUUGUUGCCAAGAAUAUGUCGUUAAACUGUAAUUCGAUUGAUCACCGUAUUAAACGUUCUUCUCUUCUCUGAAGACUAUUCUGUAAAGUUUGUGUUACUGUGCGCGUUAAGUGAAGUUAUAUUUUUCACUUGUGAGUGAAAAUUUAAUUGAAAAUUGAUUAAUUUAUAACAAUUCCUGUUGUGAAUUGUAGUGACAUUUCAAGUGUUCCAAGGUUCAAGUAAAGAUUAAGUUUAAUGCAUUGUUAAAGCUGAUAGAAAAAGAAGCUGUUCCAAGAAAAUCUAUUCAGAAUGUUCUGUCUAAAAGGAAGAAACAAUACCGACGGAAGAUUUAAAGAAACGUCAAGGGAGGACGAUUUCGGUUGGUGGAUAAAUAAUGAAGACGAUUUCAAGUCUCCUCGAUCCAAUCAGACCAGAGAAUGUCAAUCCCUAGGAUCCUCGGAGUCGAUGCUUUCUUGUGUCGAUUCCGACGACAGCGAAUGCUAUUUUCUUGCACAAGAAUUCAAGGAUGAUUACAACGAUAACUGCGAAAAAAUAGAGCUUACAUCUUUGAUUCAUCAGGAUCUGGACGUCGAUCUUAUUGAAAACGAUGCGAUCGCGAAGGAAGAGGGUGUCACGACGUUUGCAGCGAAUGGUACGAAACAAUAUUUUGACGGGACGGAAAGAAAGUCCGACAGAUUCCAAGCUAUUUGUUACACCCCCGAGAGGCUGGUUAGAACUCAGGAAUACAGGAUUUUAACACCUUCUCCCCGUUAUUUGUCUAUCAGUCAGUCAAGAGUGACGCCAGAAAAUGAAAAUCGUUCAAAGACUUUCCGCAGCCGGCGGCGAUUGAACUAUCUUAUCGACCCUAAACAACUUGGUGCAACAGUGGUGAAUUCGGAAAAAGACGAGAUGGCUUUAUCGACGAUCACCUGUCACGAUUGGAAAAUCAACCAUGAUCAUUCGAUGAAGAACAACAACGAUCCCAAAAUGGAAGAUAAAUGUCUGAACGGUGUAAAUGGCAAGCAAUCGAUCACUCUACAAACAGCGGACGUCGUCAGCAAGAAGUCCAGCUACGAGAGGUUCAAUGUCAGCUCGGAAGAUGGUGAAAAAAUGGGAAGCCAUAGCUCUUUCUUGGAGGAUGUUUCUAGCAUACGAACCAGCGAUUGGAGCACGGAUUCGCACAAUAAUUCGCAAAAUACUCCGCUGUGUCUCAGCGACGAGUUAGCCACGACGAGCUACAAGCUGGAUACAUCGCAGGAACGAUGUACAGCUGUUAACGAGGUGGUUUCGAUUCUCGAAGUGCUCGACAGAAACCCAGAAAAAGCAACGGUCCUUCUUGAAGAAGAUCGUUUUUGUGAGAGUACUUCCUCGCACGAUCAAUUAACCAGGCUGGCCCUGACAAUUGAAACGGAUGCAAAUGUGCCUGGAGUUCAUGACCAUCCGGACAAGCUGGUGAAACAUCUCCGAAACAAGGUGGAGAGACUUCAAAGUAGCAGCAAGGAUAUUUACAAGGACAUUCGUGAUCUUCGGAAGAGCUUUCAGUACGAUGAGCAGAAGAUAACAAGCAUCUCAUCUAACGCGAAUAAACUACGACAGGAUGUUCAAGAAUUACGGUAUCUCGAUGAUCUAUUAAAUCUUCUUCGCGGAGAACUGGAGAGGAUCUCAAGGAUGAAUUGGCCGUUCAUUGUAGGACGUACAGAAGAACAUCUUUCGGAGGAAAUGAAUCUUAUCGUGUGAAUGAUACGAGUUCCUCGAUUGUAUUGGUACAAAUUAAUUGAAAAACAAAACUUUCGAGAAUAAUGUAUCUUGUCACCCAAAGAAAACAUUGUUUUAGGUAUAUUCGUAACAGAAACACGUUCAGUGUUUCACUGCCAAUGUUUAUAUACGACAGCAUGAAAAUAGUUUUGUAAAAGAAAUUACAUAUUCUAUGAUGUUGUCGUUGAAAUUUUGAAGUAGGAAUGUUUUCAAGGGUAAUAGCAAUACAUUUCCCUACAGGGUAUUUUAAAAUAGUUGUACAACAGACAUGGUGGAGUUUAAUAGGGAUAAUGGCGAUGUUGGGGAUCUUGAUGCUUUUGAGGGUACUCGAGAGUUAAUUUGAGAACUGCGUGUAUUUUAAUGCGUUGUAUUUCUGUGCGUUGUAUUUCUGUGCGUUGAAUUUCUAUGCGUUGUAUUUCAGCGCAAUAGAUACUUAUAUGCGUCGUAUUUAGCGCAUUGAAUUUCUACGCGUUGUAUUUUAGCGCAUUGAACUUCUACGCGUUGUAUUUCAGCGCAUUACACUGCUAUGCGUUGUAUUUCAGCGCAUUGAAUUUCUAUGCAUUGUAUUUCAGCGCAUUGAAUUUCUACGCGUUGUAUUUUGAUACAUUACACUGCUAUACGUUGUAUUUCAGUGCAUUGAAUUUCUUCGCGUUACAUUUCAGCGCAUUAAAUUUCUACGCGUUGUAUUUCAGCGCGUUAAACUACUACGCGUUGUAUUUCAGCGCAUUGAAUUGCUAU